UGAAAAUGAGCCGCCGCGGCGGUGGCGGAGACGGCGGCGGCAGCAGCAGCAGCAGCAGUUUAAGUUCAGUAUUCUACUCGGAUGAGUACCAUCCUAUCCAAGCCGGAAGCAUUGACGGAACCGACAUUCUCCCCCACGACAACGGCGUCUACAGAGCUCUCCUUUGCUCCAAAGCAGCCCUAUGUACUCAAAUUCACCCUACCUAUUCCUAAUUCAUCUCAUCGCGCCUGAUAUUAGGUUUUCGCUCUCCAAUUUAAAUUGUUCUUGCGGAUGACCCCUUCGGCUACCCAAAAGUCACCGGCGAUCCUUAUUGCACCCUCUUUGUCGGCCGUCUCUCUCAUCUCACCACCGAAGACACUCUCCGCAAGGCUGUGAGCGAUUUUGGGCGUGUCAAGAACUCGCGGUUGAUCAGGGACAUAGAUUUACCAGGCAUCUAUGCGAAAUUUGAUGAACAACUAUGUGCCUCUGGCUUCUUUACGAUGGAAUUCAACAUGCUGGCUGAAUAAUCAGUGGCGGGUGCCUCACGUGGUUAUGCAUUUGUUGAAUUUGAAACUGAGAAGGACAUGCGUCGAGCAUACAAGGUGUGCAUAUAAUGUGGACGCUCAUCAUACUUAUAUUGAUGGUUCUGAAAUCAUAGUUGAUUACAAUAGGCAGCAACUGAUGCCUGGGUGGAUUCCUAGAAGGCUAGGUGGGGGUCUUGGUGGCAAGAAAGAAUCAGGGCAACUUCGAUUCGGAGGACGAGAAAGACCAUUCCGGGCUCCACUGAGGCAAAUUCCAUUAGAUGACUUAAAGAGGCUGGGCAUACCACCACCUCCCGAAGGAAGAUAUAUGUCGCGCUUUCAGAUCCCAUCUCCACCGAGAAGGAAAAGAAGUGGCUCCUCUGACUUGGAUGAGAGAAGUAGGUCGGAGAAGCACCACAAACACGCUGGACAUUCUUCAUCCAGGCGACCAACAUCGCAUGGCAGAAGUCAUGUGGACGGAAGGAGGAGCUGAUUGGCGCAAUGGUUGGAUCAUGGAUGAGGAUCCAUCAUUCUCUCUUUUGCAUAAUGCAGCAUUUUAACGUUUGGUAUACCUGUUUCUACCCACCCCUGUAAAAUUUGAGUGAAUAGUAUGUUUUGACGCAUAUGCCUAUAUUUUUAUGGGACGGAGGGAGUAGUUAAAGUAAAAA